AUGAAGUCAAUUGUUUUUGGUCUUUCCCUUAUCAGCGCGGCGGCUGCCCAGGUAGUGAAUGGCGUCUCCAUGGCAUCUGCUGCCUCGUCGUCCCCCAUGGCGCAGUACACCCAGGGCUCCAACACCUACUCGUCGGCCCCCUCGGUGUACACGCAGCCUCCCCAGAUGACGUACGACUCGUCGUAUUACUCCUCCUUCAUGUCUGGCGGUUACAGCAGCAUGAACUGUGGGUAUGGCUAUCAAAAGCAGUCAAACGGGUACUGCUCGCAAAUGUCAUGGUAUCAAACGCAGGGGUGCUACGAGACCAUCAUCAUCAACAAGUACGGCUACUGCGACUCUCAGACCGUGACCAUGACUGAAGUUCAGACAAAAACGGAGAAGGAAACGAUGACUGUGACGAUGACGGACACGAUGACGCAGACAAAGACGAUGACUGAGACCGUCCCCACCACCAUCACGAUGACGGAGACCAUGACUAAGGUCAUGACCGACUUCGAGACCAAGACGGAGGUCAUCACGUCCACUCAGCUCGUCCCCACCACUCGUGUCUGGGUCUCGACCGAGAUCAUCGACAAGACCAGCACGGUCGAGCACACGCUCACCGCCACGGAGACGAAGACACAGGUCAACAUCUACACGCAGACGGCCACCAAGACCAACACCGCGACGCAAACUGUCAAGCAGACCGAGACGGACUUCGUGACGAAGACCGAUAUCAUGACGGUCACCGUCCCGACCACCUAUGUCAGCGUGUGGGUUAGCACAAAGGUUAUCGACAACACGAAGACAAUUGAGGAAACUCAGACGUCGACGGUCACUGACAAGAUGACCAUCCUCUCCACGGCCACCAAGACGGAGACUGCCACUAAGACUGACGUUGUCACGUCUGUCUAUGUGUCUACCAUCGUAAAACCGACCACGUUCACGUCCGUUUGGGUCAGCACCAAGGUCAUUGACAACACAAAGACCGUCUUGGAAACCAACACGAAAACGGUGGUGGACAAGAUGACUGAGUUCCAGACCGCGACAAUUACCGCUACUGCCACCAAGACCGAUACCGCGACGGAGACCGCAACCGCGACCCAGACCGUCAUUCAGACCGAUCUUUCUGACUGUCUCGGCAAGUGCAAAUCGCAAUGGGGCAUGAUGUAUGGCAACAGCAACACGUACAACACGUACAUGUCGGCCACUUCUACCGCCGCUAUGUCGAAGCAGACAUCAAGCUGCAGUGGUAGCUCUUGUGACUCGUCCAAGUCGUCCAGCUGCAGUGGUAGCUCU